AUCCUUCUGGGGUGGUCAAGGCCUGUGGGUUAGGAGAAAGAGAGCCUCGGGGGCCACUGGCCAGGGAGCCUGAGACAUGGAGGAGGACAGGGAGGGAGAGAGAAGAAAGGAAGGAAGGGAGGAAGACAAGCUCCUCUCCUGAAACCACAGGGGAUUCCAAGAAGAGGGAGUCUACUUGCCUGCAUCCCAAAUGAUUGCAAUGUCCUGGAGCCAGAGUGAUGCGGUAGUGAAAGCUGCCAGGGCCUGCCGGCUGAAUGCCAAGCCAGGAGAGAGUCUGGGAUGAGUGAAGAGUUGGCCUGGAGGAGAGACUUCCAACAAUUGCCUCCCAGCAACCACCCAGGCCUCUGGACUUCCUGGAGAUAAUGUCCUUCAGGACCUGACUGAAACAAGGUGAUGCAGAGACAGUCUCUCUCGUUUUGUCUCCUUGCAGCCCAAGGCCGGUAGAGUCUGUAGCCAGCCCUCUGGGAGCCACCGGAGAGGCAUUGCUGCCUGUCAUGUCAGGCCCUCGGUUGGACUCUUCGGCCACGGUUCCCUUCCCCAGAGGCCCGAUCCUGUCUUCCAUUCAGCUUGGGCCUCCUAAAGGCUUCUGGGAAAGAGUCCUGAACACCGGUAUCCUGGGGCCCGACUCGCUUCCUAAUUAACCGGGGUUCAGAGGGGUCCAGUGCCGCUUUGUUGAAAACACUAGGCCUUCUCCUCCCUCUGCAGUGGGGCAGAGUGGAAGAGGCAGAUUCCAGCUUGCCCUUUUCAUCCAGCUCUCGACACUGGCUCUCAACAGGAGCGAUUGGGAGCAAGCCCCGGGAGGACCCGGUGGGUCAUCUGAGCCCUAGGAGCGAUUCCCCGCGGAUGUGGGCAUCUGAACUCCUUCCACCUUCGAUUUGAUCAAUCAAAUUCCAGCAAUUGAUCAGCUUCUCUGGCUCCACAGGGCCCUGGGUGAGUCUGUUUGCCAGCGGGCUCCUUCCUCCGGGCUCACUUUUCCCGGAAAGCCCCCCGGACCGGCAUUGGCGAAUCCCGCUGAGCUCCCCUAAAGGGCCCCGGUUAAUGCUUUCCAUGCUUCCAGCCGGGCUCUAACCAAUGACUACCGUGCUUGGAAUCUCCACCACUCUCUGCCGCUGGUCAAGAUGUAGCAGUCUUCCCCACCUGGUGCCGUCGUCGUGCCCGGGGACUCGGGGUGGGCCCUCAUGCUCUCCCUCCGGCCAUGCGGCCGGUGGCAGACUGACAUGGGCCCCAGCCGCGCCCAGCCCGGGAGGGCCGUGAGCGGGCUGGGCCCCCGUCCCUCUACGCUGCUGGUCUGGAUCCUCUUGGCCACCGUGCCAGCCCCGACCGACGCGGGCAGCAGCUGCCCGGUGCUGUGCACCUGUCGCCCGCAGACGGUGGACUGCAGCGGCCAGCGGCUGUUCUCCGUGCCCCCCGACCUCCCGCUGGACACCCGGAACCUCAGCCUGGCCCACAAUCGCCUCACGGCGCUCCCGCCAGGCUACCUCUCCUGCUCCAUGGAGCUCCGCGUGCUGGAUCUGCGCAACAAUUCCCUGGCAGAGCUGCCCCCGGGGCUCUUCCUCCACACCAAGCGCCUGGCCCACCUGGACCUGAGCUACAACAACUUGAGCCACGUCCCCGCCGACAUGUUCCGGGCGGCCCACGGCCUGCUGCGCCUCGACCUGAGCCACAACCCGGGCCUGAGGAGGGUGCACCCGCAGGCCUUCCGGGGGCUGGCGCAGCUCCGUGACCUGGACCUCAGCUUUGGGGGGCUGGCCUUCCUCAGCCUCGAGGCCCUGGAGGGGCUCCCAGGGCUGGUGACCCUGCAGAUUGGGGGCAACCCCUGGGUGUGCGGCUGCACCCUGGAGCCCCUGCUCAAGUGGCUGAGGAACAGGAUUCAGCGCUGCGCGGCAGAUUCCCAGAUGGCAGAGUGCCGGGGUCCCCCCGAAGUGGAGGGUGCCCCUCUGUUCUCCCUCACAGAGGAGAGCUUCAAGGCCUGCCACCUGACCCUGACGCUGGACGAUUACCUCUUCAUCGCCUUCGUGGGCUUCGUGGUGUCCAUCGCUUCUGUGGCAACCAACUUCCUCCUGGGGAUCACCGCCAACUGCUGCCAUCGCUGGAGCAAGGCCAGCGAAGAUGAAGAGAUCUGAGCCGGGCUUCCCUCUGCCCGCCCUGGGGCUGCUGAGCUCUGCUUCCACAGACGGCCAGCCUGCCGGGGCUGAGGAAAUCACAUCGCUCCUCGAGGGGCGGCUCCUGGGUCUCAGACCCGCCUGCCCGGGGACUGCCAUUUCCGAGGAGGAGCCGGUGGACGCCGGGC